UAGUUGGGCCAUUCCUCGCUGUCAUCGAUAGCUACAGUGAAUACGCAGCGGAAAAAAAACACACACGUCACAACACUUUAGUGGAGUCGCCGAAAAAGAUACCUUAGUUAAGAUGGCCAAACAAGUGGCCGAUUUUCAAACCAGCAAGGUCCAGUUUUAUCAGAAGCUGGCGCUUGCCGUUAUCCUUGGAGCAGUGCUUCUCUCCCUGCCGGAAUUAUGUGCCGGUCAGGGUAAUCCCAGUUUCAAAUACUCGCGGGAAGCCAAUGAAAACUUUGAUGCGAAGAAGGCUCCGCCGGUUGUUCAUGAUCACCACGACCACGACCAUGAUCAUGACCAUCACCAUCAUGGACGUCAUGACCACCACGGGCACCACGAUCAUCAUGACCAUGAUCAUCAUGACCACGGCCACCAUGAUCAUCACGAUCACCAUCACCAUGAACAUGGUCAUUCGAAAGGCAAGCCGGCAUUGGAUAUGAACACCAUAUGGCUGCACUCCAUCGGAUCCACGCUUCUUAUAAGCGCUGCCCCCUUCGUUCUGCUUUACAUCAUUCCUCUUGAUAACAGCGAGGCGAUGAAGCCACGACUGAAGGUUCUAUUAGCCUUCGCAUCCGGGGGUCUGCUGGGCGAUGCUUUCCUGCACUUGAUACCGCACGCCACCCACCCGCACUCCCACGGAGAUCACGAUCAUGAGGAGGGGCACCACCACCAUCAUCAUCAUCAUGAGGGCGAAGACCAUGGGCACGGACACGUCCAUGACAUGUCCGUUGGCCUGUGGGUGCUCGGUGGCAUCAUUGCCUUUUUAUCGGUUGAGAAACUCGUGCGUAUUCUGAAGGGAGGCGAGGGAGGACAUGGUCACAGCCAUGGAGCACCCAAACCUAAGCCCGUUGAGAACAAAAAGGCUGCGAACAAAGAAAAUGGAGAUGGAGACAAGAAAGUCAAGUCCAACAAGCCGAAAGACAAAAAGCAGGAAGCCGAGCCCGAAGGUGAGGUGGAGAUUUCCGGCUACUUGAACCUGGCAGCUGACUUUGCCCACAACUUUACCGACGGCCUGGCCAUCGGAGCCUCUUAUUUGGCGGGCAACAGCAUUGGCAUUGUAACCACCAUUACUAUCUUACUGCACGAAGUUCCGCAUGAAAUCGGCGACUUUGCCAUCCUGAUCAAGUCUGGGUGCUCGCGACGAAAGGCGAUGCUGCUUCAGCUGGUCACUGCGCUGGGAGCAGUAGCUGGAACAGCUCUAGCCCUUCUGGGUGCUGGAAGCGGUGAAGGAGACAGCUCCGCACCCUGGGUGCUGCCUUUCACUGCUGGCGGGUUUAUCUACAUUGCGACGGUCAGCGUGUUGCCGGAAUUACUGGAGGAAUCUACAAAACUGAAGCAGUCGCUGAAGGAGAUCUUUGCACUGCUCACCGGCGUGGGAUUGAUGAUUGUCAUCGCCAAGUUCGAGUAGGGGUAACUGUGUGAAUGCAAAGCAACUUAAAUUAUGGGGUUUCCAGCUAAUCACUGGAAUGUUUUAAGCAGAUCUAGGAUCAGGUUUCACCUACCCUCUAUUCAGAAAGAAAACAAUUAUUCUAAUAUGUGCAUUUAAAUUUAAAACUAUGCCAUGUUUAAUGAAGACUCAGUUUUUUUUCGAUGAACCUGCUUAGAAUUAUUUUCCAAACCCAUAUUAAUGUUUAAAACAAUCGAUUCAGCUUUAAACUGUUUGAUUGCCCUUAAAAACUUGUGCUUUCUUUCCUUUGAAGUGAAAUUUUAAAAUAAGUCAAAAUACACUAUACAAAAAAUA